AUGGACAAGGUUGGUGUUGAAGUUCAAAGAGAGCAACGUCGCAGAAGGAAGAAACUGGCGAUGGAUAUGGAUUCCAAAUGGCAAAAACCACCAAGAGACGCUAACUAUAGCUUUAAACAUUGCAGGAUGCAGUAUGGGAGAGGUAAGAAAGGGAAGUUAUGGAGGUUUAUGCAGGAAUUGGAAAGGAGACUUCAAAUCAGGUUUGCAGGGUACUUGGAGCAAGCAGAAGCAUUGCAUGCAGGAAUACAUGCUAUAAGAAACAGAGUGAUAAGUCAUGUGGGGGAGCCACAUUUGCUGAGUGAUGAGGCAUAUGCAACUGGCAAUGCAGCACACAGUGGUCAACGUUUUAGAAUUUUGCAGAUUUAUAGUGGCCAACAGAGAGAAUCCCUUUCAAGUGCCUUUAUGGCAGAAGAAAAAGAAGGGGUAUGGUUGAAAGAAGACCCCGAAGCAUCUUAA